AUGUGCGAGGUAACGUGUGAAGAGAUCAGAUUUGGCACGAGCAACUCCUCAAUGCUGCUGAUGGAUGAGGAAAGUCAAUGGGUUGCGUGUGGACGAAAGCUCAGUGAGACCAAUCUCGCCAUCCACGCCAGGGAUGGAGAUGAGGAUGUGGGAAAUAAUGACUGUGAAUCCUUUAGCAAUUUGCCACUAGAAUUAUGCGAUCCAAUGAGGCGCAAAAUUACAUCUCUAAAACCUUCAUUAACGCCCGGAGCAGGAACACGAAUCAUGCGGCGGAGAAAGCCUGUGAGACAGGACAGCGAGGAGGAUUCGGUCUCAGAGGCGAAAGAGGCGUUCCGCCAGUGGCGGGAGGCAAUGCGAGCGCUGGCGCGCUUACCGGAGGGCAUCCCUCAGCAGUUUCGCCGGCGUAUCUGGCUACUCCUUGCUACUCACCAGCUCAACUCGCAGCACAUCAACUGGCCUCGUCUCGCACAGACUCUUUUUGCGCCGCGCAAUGUUCAAACCUCUGAGACUGAGGAGCGUCUGGGACGGCAGAUUGAAAAGGACCUCCACCGUACCGGUUCCGGCGCCAUCGUUACAACUGAGGUGAACCGUACAGCGCUCAAACGCGUCCUUACCGCUUACGCGCGUUGGAACCGGCGUGUUGGCUACUGCCAAGGGUUUAACAUCCUGGCUUCUGUCAUUCUCAACGUCAUGGAACUCGACGAAGAGGCAGCUCUUAAGGUCAUGAUAUUUCUCAUCGACUACGUUCUUCCUGAAUCCUACUUUGCAAGAAAUCUCCGGGCUCUGUCCGUGGAUGUUGCCGUUUUUAGAGACCUACUAGCACUUCGUCAGCCCACGUUGGCAUCGCAUCUGCAGAAAUUGCAGCAAGAUGCCGCGAUUGAGGCCCUUAAUUUCACCUCCUCCACUGCUACUCGUACACCGUAUGAACCGCCAUUGACGGACCUCUUCGCGAUUCAGUGGUUUGUAACCCUCUUUGCUACUUGCCUUCCGAUGAACAUAGUCCUGCGAAUUUGGGACGCCAUCCUGCUGGAGGGCUCAGAGGUGGUACUCAGAGCAGGACUUGUUGUUAUGCAGAUUCUCUCACUAGACUUGAUGAGGCUGCCGUCGGCUGACAGGUUCUACUCUAGUGUGAGCCAGUGGAUGGAAGAGAUCGCUUCGGGUGCUGAUCGGCCGGGUCUGAAGACCAAGGAGUUUAUCUCUUGUAUGUACGACCUUGCGCCAUUGCCGUGGCCACGUCUUGGAGACCUGCGGAAACGCUAUGCCGCGGCAGCAGACGUUCGGCGAGAGGAAGUGCCGACCGUGCUUUAUGGCGAUGGUUACGACGAGGAGGCGAAGAAGACUAAGUUCAAGUGGUGGCACAUCAAAUCAAAGCAGGCCAUUGAAGAGUCCUUAAAGUCAUCACCAAAAGAGCAUAUCCGGCUUGAAAUGACCCAUCAAGGUAACGCAGAAGUGGAUCGCAAGCAAGGUGCCGACUCUACGGUCUUACGUCACCCACAAGCAUCGCCUUCUUUGGCGAAGCAGAAGUCCGAUUCUUUCAAAAGCGCAGACGACUCCUUUGUGCUUGAAAUAAAUGGAGAAAACUGUGCUGACAAGCUGCAGGUCUCCCACCUCCAGCACCAACAGCAACAGCAGCAGCAUCUAUCACCUUCCUUGGCCAUAGAGAAUCGACAGUGCACCUCUCAUGAUUCCAUAGGGAGAAAGGAAGUGCUGCGAUGUACUCCCUUUCAAUUUGAUGACAGCUUCCUCCAGACCAUCAACGAGUGGCAACGACGCAACGCAGCCGCCUUUGAUAGCAACGGCUCUGAAGAUACUGACUCAAACACGUCCGAAGUCUCCGACCUUCCUUCUUUAUCGGUCCUUCCUUCUGAUGUCUCACCGGUUCCCGGGUUGCGAAGAACCCUCCUCUCCAUUGCUGCACAAAAGACAACGUCUAGUCCUGCUUCUCUCAAAAUUGUCAGUGAACUUCUCUGCAUUGAUGCAACCACCUAUUUCGCUGAAAUGUCAUUGGAAGUUCUAGGUUCGAUUAAUGAAACAAAAUCCUCCACCCAUUCAUCACUACCGCUACCGAGCAGAUCCUCGGUUUUGGCCAAAGCCAUAGUGCGUGAUCGUACCCGACCGAACGAGAGUUUCUCUGUGAGCCGUGAAGCCGUAAAGGUCGUACGACAGAGCUAUGCCCCGCCGGCUCUGCGGUCGCCCUCAUCGGCGUCAAUUUCGUCAUGUGAGGCGCGAACAACAGCGCUGACGGAAAUGGAAGGGUCGCCUGCUCCACCGUGGGCUGCCGCGAUGGCCGCCAUUGGAGUCUCCCAGCGCCCAUUCGACCGACGCAGUGCCCUCUGA